UCAUUUCCGGUAUUUACUCCCGUUCCUUUGACUUGUUCAGUCGCUGCUUUUCAAAGUGAUACAAAUGCUGAGUGAAUGGUUUCAAAAUGCAUGGUCAGCCCUGUUUUUCUUCUUAAUACGCCCCAUGUGGAAGUGGGUUCUUCGCAGAGUAACAGGAAAAUGUGAACUUCUGCGGAUCACAUAUGAGGAAAGAAAGGGGGCUAAAAGAACUUUAAGGAUAGAGAGAAGUCUGAAAUUGUCAAAUGUUACAUACCUACAUCAACUCAGCAAAGAUGAAGAUGUUGAUAUCAUUGCAGCAGUGGGCGAGGUGAUGAAAGUUAAGCAGAUUAUUCCAGAGGUUCACAUGAAAUUUAGAGGUGAUUUGCAGGACUGCUUGUGCCAAAUAUGCGGAUAUAAAAGAUUAAAGAGGGAGGUAGAAAUGAUGAGAAAAACAUCAUAUUCACAAGAAAACUCGGAACAUGAAGAAAAAUUAAUGCAGUUAUGGAAAAUCUUGAUGCCAGAUGAGAAGUUAGAGUCCAGAAAAUCCAAACAAUGGUCAACCAUAGGAUUCCAAGGAGAGGAUCCAAUGACAGAUUUUAGAGGCAUGGGUAUAUUGGGACUCAACCAGUUGUUAUACUUUGCCAUACAGUAUUCAGAUCAAUGUAAACACCUUCUGUCUCGAUCUCAUCACCCUAAAUAUGGCUACUCCUUUGCCAUUGUGGGUAUCAACUUGACCAAUAUGGUUUACAAAGCCUUAGUCAAUGGAUCCCUGCGUACUCAUUUCUACAAUGUGAUAGACGGAGCCCCAAGAGUUCAAGAUUUUCAUGAAGUCUAUUGUCAUGUCUUUUGGGAAUUUGAUAAGUUUUGGUUUAAAGAGGAGCCCGAGGAUAUCAUGCAGUUCGGCCCAAUGAGAGACAAAUUUAACAGAAAAUUGUUACAUAAACUAUCAAAAACUUCAACUAUUUUACAAUCUGAUUUUCAAAUUAAAGAAUGAAAAUGUA